AUGCGCAGCUGCCCGCCGCCCGUGGCUGCCGUGCUGUGCACGGUUUGGGCCGCUGCCGGAGGCGGCGCCACCGUGCCAGACGACGGCGCGUCGGCCGCAGAGGACUUCGUCCGCCGCGCGUGCAAGUUCCGGCCGCUGCCGCGCGACCUCGGCGACGGCCAUGGCGGCGCGGACGGCUCGUACCGCGUGUCGGACGUCUUCAGCCUGCCGCUGUCGGCGCUGGCGCGCGGCGGACACAACGUCACGGCCACCGUGCAGCCGGGCUCGUGGCUUGGCCUGACCGCGCAG